ACGAAGGGCCAGACAAUGCCGAAUUUGAAUGGCAAUUUCCUCAUGGAGUGCAAGCUGUGUGGUCAGGGGUUUCAGUGGAGCCAAACGAAAGCCGCACAGCACUUCACGAUCAAGAACAAUUGCGCCAAAGUCUCCGUGGAGCAAAUGGCGGAGAUCUGGAACAAGACGAAGUACGGGUUCGAUCCAAGCCAUCAACGGAAGAUCAUGGACUUUUUGAAGUCUCAUGGGUUACGAGACAACAGAUGUGGAUCGGGGAGGGAGUCGGCGGGGGAGGAGGAGUUCGAGGACAGUGAGGACAAGAGGAGGGCGGUCGAGGGUGGAGAAGAUGAUGGUGAGAGUGAUACAAAGGACAUGGAGGUGCGGCAAGAGAUGGAGCGCGCCAGGGGAAAGAUGAGGAGGGAGAAGGCCGUUGUUGAGGAUAGCACCCCUGACGAGGAUGACGGCGACGACGAUGACGAUCAGGGAGCAGAUCUUGGGGCCUCUCUGGAUGGGGGGUUGAUGGCCGAUGGCCGUCAUGGCCAAGAGGGGGCAGCCAAGGCGAUGAAGGCGGCUGCGGGAUCGAAGAAGAGAAAGGGGAAGGCGAAGAUGACUGCCACUGAGGCAAGAUCAACACCUUCUCAGCCGAAGAAGAGCAGAGUUCUUCGACAGACGUUCAUGCUGGAGACCUUCGAUCCGGUGUGGCAAUGAGAAUUCUGCGACUCCGUCUUGCAGUGGUGGUACAUGAGCGGCAUCCCAUUCG